GUGAGGGAUUAAAAAGUUGAAACUUGAAAGUCAAAGAAAUAAACUAAAAAUGGCAAAGUCGUCGUCAUCAAUCACAGAAGGAAGAAAAAUGGAGUUGGAAUCUGUGAAGAGGUACUUAGAGAAAGGAUGCCAAAACGCAUCUACUAAGACGACGCCGUUCGAUGGAAUGCCUUCCAGAUUCUUGGAACCCUUAAUCUUGAAUGGCCUCCGCGUCGAUCUCAUCGAACCUGGCCGUGUCCUCUGUUCCAUGAAGAUAACACCACGUUUACUCAAUUCCGGAAAUUCCUUGCACGGUGGUGCCACCGCUACGCUGGUGGAUCUGGUUGGGGCAGCCGCGAUUCCCUCUGCCGGAUAUUCACCCAAUUCUGGAGUUUCCGUCGAGAUCAACGUCUCAUACUUGGAUGCUGUCUCCGUCGAUGAGGAGAUUGAGAUUGAUGCAAGGGCUCUAAGGGUAGGAAAAGCAGUAGCAGUUGUAAGCGUGGAAUUGAGGAAGAAAAAGACUGGGAAAAUAUUUGCUCAGGGGCGCCAUACCAAAUAUCUUGCCGUUCCCAGUAAAAUGUGAAGAUCAACAAAACAAGUAUGCCACUUAAAGUAAGUGGUUCAAUGUGACCUCAUCUUCUUGCAAUUGGUUGGCAAUUACCAAAUAUAUCCAGAUUUCACUUCUGAUUAAGUUUCCUACAUGGUUCCGCGGUUGUUACAUGUGUGAUGUUCCCUCUCACAUUCGGGAGAGAAGAAGAUUUCAACAAAAGUAUAGGGAACCUAGAGAAAUCAUGUUACUUUUACUUUUCUUAUUUUUGUCUUUUUCUUUUCUAAACAUCAGAAGAGGAUUUAUGUAAGUUCCAAUUAUUAUUAUUAUUAUUUUUUCUUAAUAAAAGUUUACAGA